UUAUAAAACUGCACAGUUUCCUAUACUAAACGAAAUCGUAUAAACUGUAUCGUUUGAACUGUACAGUCUGAUCGUAACGAUUUCUCGUAGUGUGUAUGGCGGGUAUUAAGAAUUUCAUAAAUUUUAUGGCCCGCCAUUCAAAAAGUUUGCCCACCACUGGUGUAGACGAACCUACUUGCAAAUUCACCAACUACUAUCUGGCACAUCUAUGCAUAAAGUAGGUAAAUUACUCAAUGCCGUCAGUGUCAUUUCGGUUCUAUUUUUAAACACUGCCAGUUUUUGAGUUAUUAUUCCAACCAAAUCAAUUAUUUAUUGUAUUAGAAAUUUUUUUGACCGUCAAAAAGCGUUCGUGAGCCCGAUCAGCUCUCGACUGUGAAAGUUUUUGAUGGUGUACAUAUUUAUUUUAUCGAAAUGGUUAAUAAAGGUGUAGAACCGAAAAGCAGUCGUAUAUUCCACCAAUGUUACCUGAAGUGUUGCAAACUGCAAAACUUGACGCCACUCAACAACGUUAUACCUUCGGGAAAUGGCAAAGUGCUGGAUUUCUGUGUGGAUCGGAUAAAGUAUGCGGACUGGCCGCCUAUUCUCAAUGCCCUCAGUUGCGACCUCAGUUUGCAUUCAGUCUCCAUAAAGUGCAGGCAGCAAGUUAAAACUGUACUCGAGCAAAUAGACUGCGAGAGACUCGCGAAGACAGUGAACAAGCGUGCCGUGAUUCUCACCAACUUUAUGCUGACCAACUUGGUGGAGGCGAUCGCGCAGCUGCUCGCCAACACCACGCUACUAACUUCACUGCUGCUAGACGGGCUGCCUCUCAGGAUACCCUACUUGAACCCGUUGUAUGAGGCUCUACUAACGAAUGGUUCCCUCCAACACCUGUACCUGCCCCAUACACUGAUCAACGACGCUGGCUGCUUGGCCGUCUGCAAGGCUGUGAGGUGUCUCCCUAAUAUUCUCACUCUGGACCUCUCGGGAUGUGAACUCACGAGUCUUGGUGCGGGGCACAUUGCCGAUUUAGUUAAGUACCAAAAGAUCCACCGAUACAGUGAGAACUGGAUCCAUACAUUACGAUACCGCAUGCCAGAGUUGGAUACGAUGGCAGGCCUACGACGGAUAACUUUGUGCGGGAAUCCUCAACUCGGCGACCAGGGCGCGGCCAAGCUAUACGACGUAUUGGCGGACGACUUAUGGAUCAAAGCUGUGGACUUGCAAAACUGCGGGUUGACUGAACAGAGUGCGGAUGUUGCAUUGCAAAUGAUGAACUCCAACACAACUCUGGUCAUAUUAGACAUGAGGAACAAUGUCGACAUUUGCAUUGAAUCUCUUUCCAAACUCAGAGCUGCCCUAAGGGGGAAUGAAAGACGAGUCGGAGGACAAGUGUAUUCGUGGCUUGGCAACCUCAGUGGAUCAUCGAGUGAUGGCAGAUCGGUUAAAUCUGUAGCUUCCAAAAAUGGAUUAAUAAAAGACCGAAACCCAUCCAUGAACAAAGGAGUACCAGCAAAAUAUACGAAUAAGAUCUCAGCGAUUAAAAAAGAAAAAGACUACGCUGAAGUUCUGGAAGAACAACUUCAGGAGGAAAUAUCGCACAGGCAGCAGUUGGAAGAAUUGAACCUACAGCUGGUUGAUCAGAUGAAACAACUCAAACAACAUCAGCAACGAUUGUGGGCGAAUGGAACUCAAUCCUCUGGUUCGGAACAAUCGUUCCAAGCUAGUUCCAGGUCCUGCGACUUGUCCAGCAGUUCAGGAUCCACGAGCUCAGUACCAAUUGACCAGAACACGUUGUCUUAUAUACAGCAGGCGUUUAAAGACAUUUACGCGUUCAUCAAAAACAAUCAGUGUUACGGGCAAUGUCUCCACGAAAUUGCAAAAGACACACAGGACCAACAACCAGAACACGAGACGACAAAUGAAAUGACCGUAGUUGAAGAGAUGGAAGAAUACGAUUCGACGGAGCUGCGCAUCAACAUCGUACCAAAGAAGGCUCAGAGCACACACGUUAAGAUGACGGACAAUAUGAAGAUGAACAAACCUACAAAGUCUGCGCAUAUGCUUGGGGACAAGCAGCGUGCUGAGCGAAACAGAGACAAUGUAGAAAUGAAACCAGAAAUGUUUGAGCGACAAAUGGGAGAUACGAGAAAUUCACACAGUGACGAUCACAGCCUAAUAGAUGAGGUUAUAUCAGCGCAAAACAAGCCCAAGAAGAAGAGGAAUAACUACGAUCACAAUAUGAGCGCAUACGAGGCGGGCAGCGUGAGCGACUCGUCGGACACUCUGGUGUGCUCGCCGCACGCGCGCCGCGUCCGGCCCGCGCCGGCACCCAACCCGCGCGACGCUCUCUGCUCCUCGGAUGACGAAGAUAGCUCGUGAUUUUUUUAUAUGCAUAUAUAUUUAUUAAAAACCAUUAUAGAAUAAAAACGU